AUGUUGGCCCGUGGUGAUACACAAACAUCUAGUAUGGAAAUAACCGAUGAAGAUUUGCGAUACAGUGGCGCAGAUUACUCGCCCAGCGGAAGCAGAGCAAAUAUUCUGGAAGAGCAAAUUGAUCAACUUGAAGCACAACAAAUAGACGAACCUAAAUUUACCGAUGAAGUAGUACGAGAAGUUAUUGAUGAGACACGCCAUGCAACAUCAAGUAUAUCAAAAGACUAUGAGUACUAUGACAUAGAUAAAAAUGUUUAUGUCAAAUCAGACUUAGACGUCGCAACUACCGAAAGUGUAAAAGGAGAAAAAGUAACUAAAGAACAUAAGGACACUAUAAUUGAAGAGGAUGAAACUCAACUUGAAUCCGUUACCGAAGAGACAGAAGAUGUAACAACCAAGAUUGAAACUAUCGCACAUCAGACUGAAAAAAUUUCAACGGAUCAAUUCGCAACAGAAAUUGAUUCCACUGCAAAAAUUACAGAUGAAAUUGCACACAAAGCAUCUUUUGUUACUGAAGUAAGCACGUCCAUAACUGACGAUAGCAUUCAUUCAGAAGUAGUGACCAAAUUAUCCGAUGAUAAGAAACAAACUGUAGGAGGUUCCUACGAAGUGACAGAAAAGAGCCAAACUAAACUUGAUGAUUCAGUCAUUGAUAAAGUAGUUACUGAAAGUAAACAAGUCAUGGGUAUACUCGACACUAAAACCGAACAAACAACAAAACACACCGAAGAUAAGAAAAUGGAAGGUGAUGUAGAAGUAUCCACGACUGAAGCUGUUAUUACGACCAAACAAACAUCCGAAAGUAAAAUCAUUGAUGUUGGCCACAAAGAAGUAGUUGAAACUUCAAGUACUUCUGUUGUUGAAUUACCUGAGAUGGAAGUGGAAAUGGAGAAACUACUUGCCGAAGGUGGGGAGUUAGUAAUAACAAAACAUGAAGUCCUCAGAACGUCAAGCGGCGAAUCUAGUCAAGAAUAUAAAUCGCCAGAAGAAGGUCUUUCAUCUUCAUCAUCCGGGUUGAAACAAGAUGAAUUGAAACCUGUGGGUGUUAUUAUGAGAAAACAAAAACAUUUACUUGAUGAUACCAGCAGCAGCAGUUCCAAACAAGACCGGAAAUCUGGAAUUGAGUUUGAAGCUUAUUCUAGCUCAGGUGAAAGUCAUUAUCAGAGUUUUGAAAUUGACAGCGGACGAAGCAGACCAUGUUCGUCUGAUGUUGAUGUCCUUGUAGCGGGUGGAUCAUCUGAGUAUGAAAGUGCUUUGACUUCUCAAGGAACUCAUUUAACAUCCACUGAAUAUCACACUGCUGUGAGCAGCAUCAGCUCUAAGGACAGCAUGAAAAGUUUAGAUAGCGAAAGUUCUGGUCAUUUAGGAAGCAUUGAAGUAUCGGAAGCUUCAGAAACUUUGAUCCAAUCAGAGUACGAAGGUGAUAUAGCUGAUAAUGACCUCCUACCAGAAAAACCAUCUUUGGGAGAACGACAAAACACUGAUGUAAGUGACAUGGAAGAAUAUAUGCAAGAUGAACUCAUUGAUAUGCCACCAAAAAUGAAACGAUCACAUGAGAUGACAUUCCAACCUGAACCUAAACCGCUACAAGAAGAUUCACCACCAUUUGAAUCAGAAGAAGUUAAAUUGGCAACAAGUCUGGAUGAUGGAAGUAGUGUUUUGAGUGUUAGCUUGUCAAGCACCUCUAGUAUUGGAGCUCAACGAACUGUCAUCGAGCAAGAUUAUCCACUGAGUUCUUCAAUUGUCUCAGAUCAAUUCAGUUUAGAUGAUUCACAGUUCCACGGAAGUACUGACUGUCUGAGCCAAACACCGGUACCACCCACAACUGAAACUUCAACCUCGACUCAUACAUAUGCUCAAAGCGCACAAAUAGAUAGUGUAACCCUAAGCACAUCAAUGGUUGAAGAGAAUGGAGUGCAAUCUGUUAGUACACAGGUUGUUUCUCAAUCACAUACACCGGAAGAGGAAAAAGAUAUUAGCGUAGAACUAGCUAGGCAACAAUCUAAACCGCAAGAUAUUCCUGAACAAAAGAAGCGAGGACAUCGCCGUAAUGAAAGUACAUCGUUUACACCGAGUAUGUUACCACAAUUGACUAAAAUUGAUAUUCAACCGAUUAUGACAUCAGAUAUUACUGAAAAAACGUUUGAAAUAUUAAGUAUGAAGGAAACUGAGAGUUCUGUUGAAGUGGAGAAAGAAGAUGUUGCUGAGUCUGAUGUAGAGUCACGUCCUCAAUCACAAAUUAGCAAAACUGAUUCUGAGCGAGAGCGUGUUCCAUCUUCAAAUGCAUUUACUGACUCUGAAUUAGCAGAACUGGCAAAACAAUCUUCAGAACCAAUCAGUGAUCCAAUAGAUAGACCAGUUUCACCUGAACCUGAAGAAUUAAAAACUGACGUUGAUGAUGGUGAUGAUAUUGAAGAUAUAAAGCAAAUAAUCAAAGAUGUUGUUAUCGAAAAGAAGAAGGAAAUUCUAGAUAAACGAGACUCUCACGGAAAAUCGAGUUCAACGUCCAGUGAGAAAUCAAGUUUUGAAGAAGCAGAAGCUGAUGCAGCGUUUAAUAUGGUUCCUCACGUGUCGCCUGCACACAAAGCCAAACAAAUUUGUCCUAUAAUGGAAGACGAAGAUGCUGAAAAGCAUGAAUUGGAAACCCGCGAGAAAGCGCAGAAGGAGUUUGAAGCUAAGAAGAGAGCUAUGAGAGAUGUUAGUCCUGGACCAGUUCCCGAUAUUCACGUCACUGAACACAUGACACCAAUGGAUCGGAAAGGAUUCCAUUAUCCCGAUUUAGAGUUAGAAGAACAAGAAGCGUUGGAGAUAAAGAAACAACAAGUAACUGAUGUUGAAGUAGCAAAAGAACCUGAACAGAUUACGCCUGAAACUCCAGCGUCUGCGUCAAGUAAAAGUUCAGAAUCUACUGACCAGGGCCGAGAGUAUGUUAUUGAAUCAGAUGCUUCUUUGCCAGAGGAAACUGAUAGUCAACUAACAACUGACGAAGCCAAAACUACGACAGAAGAGUUAAAAACCGACACAGUUCUUGAAAAGACUAUAAUUGCGGAGGAAACCAAAGAAAUACCAUCACCCGUUGAAUCAAACAGCGAUUCAUUUGAAAUGCUAGAAAAACCUGAUCUCAUGGAUGAGUUUGUUGUCAUUGAAGAAGUUGCUAAAGAAGCGCAUGAAACUGACAUUGAAGGAAAGAGUGUAAAAAUCAAAAAAGUAAAAAUGGUUAAAAAGCAUGACGAAGAGGUAGAAAAACUAAUUGUGCGCUCCGCACCUUCACCCACAACUAAAAUGACAGAUAUUAAAUAUUAUCCAGACGGGUCUUCUAGCGAUGAAUUAGGAUUUGACUUUGAAGAUAGUCCUCCAAACAAAGAAGAAGGAGAAGCAGCUAGUAAAAGCCCACGUGAUUAUGUAUACGAAUAUGAUCGGGAAUUAGAAGCAAACAAGAAAUGGAUAGAACAACAAUUCCAAGGAGACCAUGCCGCUAUGUUGGCUGCCGGAUAUGGCUACGAAAUGGAGUUUGAACGCUGCCCAUUAGAGGAUAUUAAAGAAGAAGAUGCUGCUGAUUUUGAUUCGUCCAGAAUUGGCAGUUUAAACUCCCAAAAGAACUCAGGUGGAAGUUUAGGCAGUGUUAAAGAUUCAUAUUCAAGUACACCAGAGUAUGAUGUAUUGGCAGGUCGGAAAUACUUUACCAAAUCUGGUGAACACGAUGAUGUUUCUAUGUCCAGCUUGCAAGAGUUUGAAAACCUUGAACGUGCAAUGUCUUUAGAAAAUCGAAAGUUCCAUACUGGAUCACAAGAUUCUUCUAGUAACGGUAGUUUUAAAACUCGAUACCUAAGCCGCGGUGCACAAGGUGAUGAAGUAUCUGUGAGUUCUCUAAAAGAAUUUGAGGGUCUUGAGAAGGCUUGCAUUGCUGCGCAUCGUGUAGAAGUUAUGGUAAAGGAAGAAGAAAUGCUUCUAGCCCAAAUUGAUGAAAGUCAAGAAAGUAUGACCUCGGAAUCGGAAAGUUGUGAAACCAUUACAAAAGAGAAACAACAGCCAGCCACCGAGGAAGAUGAAGAAGACUAUGAAAAGCGGAUGUUUGAAAUUGACGAAAUUAUUAGACAAGCUCAAACCAACGUAGAGAGAUUUAUUGAUCUGAAAGAAGGAGAAAAGACUGAAUCUAUUGGACGAGGGGAUUCAGUUGAAGAAGUCUCUAAAAUACCAGAUUUAGAUCUUGAUACACCAUUGCCAAUCGAAACAAAAACAAAAGUGUUACCCCAGUGGACUCAGUCAGCAGAUCUGAUGUUGGCUUCUACCGAUUCGUUGGAUUUAAAAGACUCUAAACCAGCGCAUCAUGGUAGCACUGACAGUUUAGAACAGAAAACUGGCGUGGAACUAAUGACUGCUAGUACUGACUCAAUCGAACUUCAAGCGAAACUAAAGGGUACCAUUAUGACUGAUAGUUUGGAAAUGAAACAUGGCCAGGGCCUUAUUUCCAGUGAUUCCUUGGAGCUUGCUACUGGAAAUAUUGUUGCAGGUUUCAGUGAUUCCAUUGACGAAGAUGGUUCCCGCAUUGGUGGUUUUGAUCAGAGCAGUUCCAGCACUGGCAAAGAUUUAAGUUGUUCCAAAGAAGAGGAACCCAUUGAUAUGACUAAACCAAUUCCUGAAAUGGUGGAAAGCACUGACAGUAUUGCUUCCACCUCAACCGCCACACGUGCCAUGUACCAAUAUGAAACCGACUCGAUGAUUUCGGGCAGUUUUACCAGUGAAGGAUCCAACACAAUGGUUUCGUCAACUGAUAACAUUGAUCCAGUCACCGGGGAACCAAUUGAUCUCUCAGACGCCGUUCGCCAAGUAUGGUUUGGUGAUGAUCAGGACGAAGGAGAAGCGUAUGUCACCGAAGUAAUUGAACCGGGCGAGUCUGAAAUAACUCAUUAUACGUUUAGUGGUCCUACCGCAGACGAUCAAAUGCAACAAUUACUGCAAGACUUUAACGAAGGAGAGGAAGUUGUUGAGGAAACAACCACCGAUGAGCACGGCAACGUGCAUGUAAGGCGAACAAUUAAAAAACGAAUUAUUGUCAAAGAUGAUGGUACUGAAAGCAUCAUCAAGCGUACGUGUAUUGACGAUAAAGGCACCAAGACCAUUUAUACGCAGGAAUUUAGCACCGCACAGCCGGACACGGCAGCGGCGGUACAAAGUUUGCUAUCUCAUAUUGCCGGAGAUGUUACAGGUGAAUCUUCAGUCACAUGGCAGGAGUCUACAGUGACUACUACCACCACCACUACUUCUUCACAAAAAGCAUUUCGUAGACGCCCGAUGCUUCUUGAAAUCAGCCUGGAUGACAAGACUAUGAUCGAAGUCGAUCCAAGGGAACACGACUGGCGUUUUAAUUUGCCACUACAUGCCGAAGAUGACGAAAGGAAGGCUGAUGGAGCAUCUGGAACAUCCAAUGACGUUACCACUACCACCACCACCAGAACCGUUACGGAUCCUCAACAUCUCUCCGAAGAAAUGAAACAGUUGCUCAAAGAAAUGGAAGAGCAAGGCAAGAAGUAAACAAUUGAUAACCGUAUCUCUCGCUAUUGGUCGACAAUGUUGAUCGUAACAUAACACUUCUACUAUCUUUUUACUAUGUAAUCGCUUACAAAAACAAUGCUGUCCAAAAAUUAUGCUGGAUGAUAAUCGUAACAAAAACGUACCAAAAAGCGUUCUUUCCACUUGACUCGCUUUGUCCAUUAUAAAUGCAAACAAAACUUUGAGAAAAAAUGUCAUAAAUGAUAACAAAAUCCAUCCCGCCCGUCGAAUAUGGAAGCAUACAAUCAUAGAAACCAUCUAAGCAAAACAUUUUAUGGAGUUACUCAACACGAUGAAUAAAAUCAGCAAAUUUUGCAAAUCACACAUAAAUGUAACACGCAAGGAAUUAUCAAAAGCGUUGUACUUAUUCAGUGACCUAAUUAGAUGUGUUUCCGCUAAGUCUAAUCCAAGAAAAAGAGCUGAAUAUAAAAUUUAAAAAAAAAACAUAGGCAACAAUUUUAUUGAAAAUUCUGCUAGUCGGAAGUUUUUUGACCGUCUAGUGAUAUACUAGUACUUAAUAUAUAAAUUAAAAGGUAUGAGUACGAGAACAGACAACAAUUCAAAUAAUUGGAAUGAUUGACGAGACGACCAGUGAAUUUUGGAAGACGAUAAAUGUUAGGAGUAUUAUUUAGCGUGGGCUAAAUAACAAGACCAAGCUUGAACAAAACGACACCACUAAUAAAUAAUUAUUUGAACGUGGAAGUUAUGAGUAGCUUAAGAAAUAUGCGCAGCUUUGUAUUACAUGUACAGCUUUUAAAACGCUUCAAAAUAACUAUAAUCCAUUAGAUAAGGUGAUUUCAUAAACAGUCGUAGCAGGAAUAUAUUGAAUAAACACAUACCGAAUAAAAUAAACACAAAACAUAAAAUAUAUUCUUGUUAUUAUCGAACAAACUUCAAAUAGUUACUCUUAUUAACAUAAUAAUUAAUCUAUCUUUGAUAAUGAAAGACUUAUCGUUUGGUUUCACUUCUGCGAGGUGAUAACAAAGACUAGUCAUAAUAAUGGCAUAUUUCUUAAGGUAUUCUAAGAUAUCCGAGCUUAAAAGAUGAAAUGUGAAUGAGAUUUGUUUCUUUUGAAUAAGUUGAUUUUUUACUAGAAACGAUGAAAGAAAGGAUGAAGAUUUCGAAAGCAUCAAAUGCAAUGAACAAAGAAACAUUAAAAACGAAUUGCUGCUAUUCAAUAAGCAAUUUGUGGUUAAUAUAGUGUGUAGCUAGGCUUUAAAAAUCUAUUGGAACCUACAAAUUUGCCUAUGAGUCGUGCGUGCAGUUAUUUUUAACAGGGUUAGUGGUUUUUCCCUUUAAUCAUGAUUGCAAAGUGAGGAUUUUUGGCAGAUUUGAAUGUUUCAAUUGUUUUAUGUCCUUGAUUUUUAUUUUAAGUACUCAAUGUGAAUUAUAUAUUACUAUUAAGAAAAAUGUGUAUCAAAAUAUUUAAUGAAUAAAGCUUACAAUUAAAAUUUG